AUGUAUGUGCUUGAUCAAGGCACUUUUAUUAAUGGAGUCUGCGAGGUUGAAACAAACCUCUCGCCAAUGGAACUUUUGGACAAGCUCCAAGCAAUUGAAAAUGAGCUCGGCCGUAUGAAAUUGAUUGAUAAAGGCCCACGAUCAAUCGAUCUGGACAUUCUAUUAUAUGAUCAAGAGAUAUUUUCUCAUGAACGUCUCAACGUGCCACACAACCUAAUGCUGGAGCGAGAUUUUGUGCUACGACCUCUUUGCCAAUUAAUACCUCAUGAAAGCCCACCCAAAGCUGGCAAAAAUUCAAACACAUAUAGCGAGUAUUUGAAAGCUCUUCCACCACCAGAGCCAACCCCAUACUCAACAACGCCCAUCUCGCCGCAUUUCCCAUCCCUCUACGCCACUGAUCCCAAACGCCCAACACAUGUCAUGGCAAUCCUCAACCUAACUCCAGACUCUUUCUCUGACGGCGGGACUCACUCUCCAACUGACUUCACCCAACUCACCGAAACAGUCCGCUCAUUCAUCGCCAAGGGAGCGACAAUUAUCGAUGUUGGUGGCGAAAGUACUCGUCCUGGAUCAACCCCCGUCGGCGCAGACGAGGAAAUUUCACGAGUCGUCCCGGCAAUUCAACACAUCCGCCAGAACAUUCCUGAAGCCUCGAAUAUCGCCAUUAGCAUUGAUACCUACCGUGCUUCAGUAGCCGAAGCAGCCUGUAACGCCGGUGCAGACAUCAUCAACGAUGUCUCCGCUGGUCUCUUGGAUCCAGAAAUGCUUCCCACAGCAGCUCGUCUCGGCAAAUCAAUCAUCCUCAUGCAUAUGCGAGGUACACCGCAGACAAUGACCCAGCUCACCGAUUACCCCAAUGGUGUCAUCCCAGAAGUCGCCGCUGAACUACGGAACCGUGUGGCGGCUGCUGAGAGUGCAGGCAUCCGUCGCUGGCGCAUCAUCCUUGACCCUGGCCUUGGAUUCGCCAAACAUCAGCCACAUGAUCUCGAAAUCUUGCGUGAAUUGUCCACGCUACGGGUGACUGAAGGUCUUGAGUGCCUCCCUUGGUUGAUGGGACCCAGUCGAAAAAGGUUCAUUGGCAAUAUAACGGGUGUAAAGACUGCCAAAGACCGUGUCUGGGGCACCGCUGCGACUGUGUCCGCCAGUGUUUCUGGAGGAGCAGACAUUGUCCGCGUACAUGAUGUGCAGGAGAUGUCACACGUUGCAAAGGUUGCCGAUGCUAUCUACCGUGUGUAA